AUGCCUUUGAAGACGAAAAAAUUGAUACCGAUUCAUGGCGCCACCACUGAACAAUUUGCCGAUGUUUUGGAAUCGUUUAAGCGAAAUUUCGAAGAAGGCUGGGAAAAAGCGGGCGCCUCAUUCUGCGUGAUUCACAAAGGCAAAGUCGUCGUUGACGUUUGGGGUGGAUAUGCGGAUUACGAAUGCCGCAAAGAAUGGAAAGAAGACACGAUUUCAACGAUUUUCAGCUGCACAAAGAGCUGCACCGCAAUAUGCUUCGCCAUGCUCGUUGAUCGCGGUUUUUGCGAUUAUUCCGACAAAGUGAUCAAAUACUGGCCGGAAUUCGGGGCGAAUGGCAAGCAAGAUGUGACGAUCGAGAUGGUUUUAAAUCAUACGGCAGGUCUUCCGUAUUUCCCAGGAAUUCGAUUCACACCCAAAGAGCUUGUCGAUCAUGAAAAAAUGGCUCAAAUCAUUGAAGGACUGAAGCCAGUGUAUCCGCCGGGGACCCGAACCGCCUAUCACGCUCUGACAUUCGGAUGGCUCGCGGAUUGCGUUUUUAGGAAGAUCGAUCCUCAAAAAAGAAGUGUAGGGCAGUUUUUUAAGGAGGAAAUUGCAACGAAACAUCACAUCGACAUUCAUAUUGGAGAUUGCUCUUCUGAAGAAAAUAGGCUCGCUAGGCUGUUCCGUUGUCCCAAAUCAUUAGUUGCUCGAGAAAUUGGCUAUGACAAAUCGAUUCUAACAUUGGCGCGUUAUUUCUACAACCCGCGGGGCUAUUUUGCAGGGGCGAGAAAGAAUAUGAGCUAUUAUGGAGCGGAUUUUACGAUGUUUAAUAAUAGCGACUUGAGAGUAGUUGGGCAGCCAGGAGUCAAUGGAAUUGGCUCUGCAAAGGCAAUGGCACAGCUUCAUCAAUUGGUUCUCGAUGGAAUUUUAAUAUCCAAUGAAACGUUUGAAAAAAUCAAAGCGCCCAAGAAUAUGACAGCUUUUGACCAUUUGAUUGGCGAGCCUCAGAAUAAAGAGCACGGUUUCACAUAUUUCCAAUCUCCCAAGAAAACUUGGCAAUUUGGACACCCCGGAGUUGGCGGACAAAUGGUUCGCGCCGAUCCCGUCAACGAUAUCAUCGUCGCCUAUCUGACGAACGGCAUGAAGACGGCGGGUUGCGGCGAUCACGUGUUCACGUUCAAUCGCCUCCAACGCAAAACCUAUGAGUGCCUCGAUCGAAUACCGAAGUUCGAGCUUCCCGAGCCCUAG